UGUGCGGCAUGACAGAAAAUGGCUGCAGCAGACGAACAGCAGCAGGCACACAGACCUGGAGUUUAUAAACAGAAGAACAAAAUACACAAACAUGGAAAGCAUCGGACUAAAGGCGAGAUCGGGCGGGAGAACAAGGGUAGAGUUGCUGUCACAACUUUGAGCAAGAAACAGAGAAGAGAGCUGAGGAAACAGGAUCGCAGACACAAAGCCAAUCAGCUCCGCCGAAACAAAAAAGAAUCUGUGUUGACAGAAAAACGGAAGCUUGGCAGCAGGGAUGGCCCUCCUCACCUGGUGGCAGUUAUAGCUGUGCAUGCAGGAGUGAAUGCAGGAGCUGUGACAAAGAUAUUGAAAGGAGAAGGACUUGAUGACAUAGUGUACGAAGAUCAAGGAGUCAGUGGGGCCUUGGACAGUUUUGGUCUUGUUCUCCCUCGCUUUAAACAGAGGUUUACCUUUUACAGGCCAGACACGGCUGACUUGCAUUCGGUCCUGGAUGUGGCGAAGAUUGCUGACAGUUUGGUGUUUGUGUUGGACUCGAAUGAAGGAUGGGACAGCUAUGGAGAAUACUGCCUCUCCUGUCUCUUUGCCCAGGGGUUUCCAAGUCAUGCAUUGGUGUUUCAAGGAAUAUCUGAUCUAGCGGUAAAGAAACGCACAGAGUCUCGAAAAGCUCUUUCUCGCUUGGUGGAGUCUCGUUUCCCAGAAGCGCGUCUCUUUCCCGUAGACACAGAGCAGGAUGCCACACUGUUGCUGAGGCAUCUGUCGGCACAGAAACAAAGGCGACUGGCCUUCCGAUCUCGGCGCUCGCACCUGUUGGCUCAGAAAGCUACAUAUAUCCCAAACACCAGCCAGAACGGAACAGGAGGCCUUGCCACAGGGUUAGGGACCCUGUGUGUGUCAGGAUAUAUUCGAGGCUGUCCUAUGAAAGUGAACAGGCUGGUGCAUAUAACAGGUCAUGGAGACUUUCAGCUCAGUCAGAUUGAUGCUCCCACAGAUCCUCUGCCCAUCACGACAGCAGCUUCCAGACUACCGAGGCCAGGACGAGGAGGAGACGUAGAGAUGAUGGAUGGUACUGAUGGAGAUAUAAACGGCGAUAGUGGCAUUCGGGUGCUAAUGAAAGCUGACCCUGAGACGAGGGAGAGCCUGCAGGCAGAGGCAGAGGUAGACCCGAUGGAUGGAGAGCAAACGUGGCCCACAGAGGCAGAGCUGCAAGAGGCUGAGGAGGACAGGAAGAGCAGGAAAGUGAUGAAGGUACCAAAGGGGACAUCUGACUACCAGGCCACAUGGAUCAAAUAUGAUGCUGAAGAGGAUGUUGAUGAUGACGAUGAUGUGGACAGUUGUGACGAUGAUGUAGAUGAGAUGAUGGAAGAUGAAAUGGAUGAUAAUGAAUCUCAGGAUGCCGGAUCUGAAUGCGCCUCUGGAGAUGAUGGCGAGGAGGAAGAAGAGGAGAUCAGUUCUGUUGGACGUACCGGAUCAGAUCAUAAGUAUGACGAAGGUUUGGACGAGACCGAGGAGGGAGAGGGGCUGAGGAGAUACAGAGAGGCACGUGCCAAUGAGAUGUUCCCAGAUGAAGUAGACACUCCUCUUGAUGUUUCAGCUAAGACUCGGUUCCAGAAGUACAGAGGUCUGAAAAGUUUCCGUUCCUCCCCAUGGGAUCCCCUGGAGAACCUUCCCCCCAACUAUUCGCGCAUCUACCAGUUCCAGAACUUUGAGCGCAUGCGUCGUCGAAUGCUGGCAGAGGCCACCAGUGAUGAAGAAGGCGCAAUGGCGGGCUGGUACGUCACUCUGCACAUUGUGGACGUUCCCCCCACAGUAAUGGAGAGCUUCCAGGCUGGCAAACCUUUAGUGCUGGUAUCUCUUCUCCCACAUGAACAGAAGAUGUCAGUGAUGCACAUGUUGGUGCGGCAACAUCCGAGCAACACCGAGCCCAUCAAAUCUAAAGAGGAGCUGGUGUUUCAGUGUGGAUUCAGACGCUUCACAGCUUCAGCCAUCUUCUCACAGCACACGUCUGGUGAUAAACACAAGAUGGAGCGUUUCCUGCUUCCUGAUGCCCCUACGGUGAUGUCUGUCUAUGCCCCUAUAACCUUCCCCACAGCUGGUGUCCUGGUCUUCAAACAGAGAGACAAUGGUAUGGAGGACCUGGUAGCCACAGGCAGUCUGUUGAGCUGUGAUCCUCGGCGGGUGAUGUUGAAGAGAAUCGUCUUGAGUGGACAUCCUUUCAAAAUCAACCGCAAGUCGGCAGUGGUCCGUUACAUGUUCUUCAAUAGAGAUGAUAUUAUGUGGUUUAAACCAGUAGAGCUACGCACAAAAUGGGGACGAAGGGGACACAUCAAGGAGGCGUUAGGUACUCACGGUCAUAUGAAGUGUGUAUUUGAUAAUCAAUUGCGCUCUCAGGACACAGUAAUGAUGAAUCUGUAUAAGAGGGUGUUUCCUCGCUGGAUCUAUGACCCUUAUGUCCCCGCACCUCUACCUUGGGUCAAAAGAGACGAGCCAGAGCUUUAUGGCAUUGACAUGGAAUAAAAACAGAAAACAUUGAACUGAAAACUAUGGAAAAAUGUACAGCUUCUGUCACAAAACACACAGAUAUUGUUCUUAAUUGGAUAAUAAAAAAUCCAUCUCCUGUUUAA